AGGGUCCUGGGAUUGGGGCUGGGGUGGAGGGAGGGCUGGCCCCUCUGCAGAGUCUGUGAGUCCUUGCUAUUCAGAGUUCAGGGAACUCCUGACAGGCUGGUAUUGGAAUACAGCUGCCUUGGUGCUGCUGCUGUGUUGCAAAGGAAAGAAAAGGCUUCUCCCUACCAACCUCCCAGCCCCUACGCAACUCCAGGGAACCGCGGUAACUCCAGGCAGGAAACUAGAAAUCUGUCUUUACUGCGUUAGGGCCAGAAGAGGAUGGGAGACCCUGGCAGAGGUGGGGGGUGUAAAGAGAUCAGGAGUUAUCUGGGCCACUGUCACCGCCCUAGGCCUUUGUCUGUAAGGUUCUCUCUCACUUAGUUGUGUCCCUGUGGCUGUGGUGGGCCUCUGCGCAUUUUCUCCCUCCAACUGGAGCAUGGGUUGACAGGAGGAAAUAGGAAGGUGGGGUCAGACAGGGUGAGUGGUGCUUCCUCCCUCCCUACUCACCCCAACAGGGUCAUACUGAGGGUCUCUGACUGGGAAGCUAGGGGGUGGAGUCCAGCAAGAGCAGUAACAGAGAAAGGGCAGGGCCUGCCCCAUCACCUGGAUUCCAGGGGUGCCAGUGAACCCCAAAGCCCCAGAGCCCACCCAGGACUGGAUCCUGGAUGGUGUGUGUUGAAAGGCAGAGCUGGAAGGGAGACCACAGGGAAGAAGGAGAAAGGAAGGCAGGACUGUGACCCAGUCAACUGGCAUGAGGGCUGGGAGUCAGAACUCCUGGGCUGGUUUCCUGGCUAGUCCACAUAUACGAAUACUCGGGGACAACAGUGGGAUCCUAAAAAGAAUUACUGGCCUGGAGAGGACCCUGCUGCUCAUUUAUCUGAUUUGAAACCCAAUCAUCUGACUUAAAAUCCAGAAAGGUGUCUAAUAUGGUUACUUUGGAAUCUGACCCAGCCAUGCUGCCAAUUGCUAGUUUAGACACAACAGCUGUGUAUCUUUUUGCAGGAGCCUGGGGAAGGGCCAUGGUGCUCAGCCAGUGGUGGGGAAGACUGGAGAAGCUGUUUCUCUACCUGUGCUGCACCUCCUUCCUCCUGGGGCUGGCUCUGCUGGGCAUACAGCCAGACAUUGCCCCUGUCGCUUAUUUCUUUCUGACCUUGGGUGGCUUCUUCACGUGUGCCUGCCUCCUGGCCUGUUUUCUGAAAAAGGUGUUCCAAUCAGUGCAGACGGAGAACCCAGGGGCCUCCGGCAAUGCACGGGACAACGAAGCCUUUGAGGUGCCCACCUAUGAAGAGGCCGUGGUGUUAGAAUCCCAGUGCCCCCCGCAAGAGUUGGAUCAACCACCCCCCUACAGCAGUGUUGAAAUCCCCCCAGGACUUGUAGACAGGCAGCCUAGCCAUCCAGAGGGACCCAGGACAGACAGACUGGAGAGGCGAGUGGGCUCAGAGGGCUCCAUGACCCGGGGAAGCCCUGGAGGAGCUCUCGUCAGCCUGCGGCUUCGGGGACCGCGAGUAGUGUCCACUGCUCCGGAUCUGCAGAGCUUGGGGACACUCCCCAAAUUGGAGUCGAUCCCCAAACUGGAGCCUCUUACUCCACCCCCCGCCUAUGAUGUCAGCUUUGGUCACCCUGAUGAUGACAAUGUUUUCCAUGAUGACAACUGGACACCCCCCUAACAGAGUGUCCCAGGAUAUAUCAUCUCUCUGCA